AUGUCCAAUCAUCAGACUUUAGCAUCCGGUUUACUAGAAGAUCUCUUGCAUAUUCCUGCAGAAACAAUUGGUGAGAAGGAUGAUACUUGCAAAGCUCAAUCAGAUAAAAAAAGGAAGGAAGUAGCAGUAGUAUUGCAUGAUGAAGAAGCUCAUGGGUCAUCAAGGGCUGCAGCAAAGAAACAAGAACGUAACGCUAGUGAACGUCUAAGGAGACUGAGACUUCAUGCCUCUUACCUUACUCUUGGCACUCUUCUUCCUGAUCAUUCUUCUUCCUCCAAGAAGAAAUGGUGUGCACCGUCUAUAAUGGAUAGAGUGGUCACUUACAUUCCUAAGCUAGUUAAUGAAGUUGAAGAGCUAACUCUUAGAAAGACAAAGCUUGUAGAAGCAAUAGAGAACAAGAGGUUCCAGGAGUUGGAGCGGCACGAUUCUCAUAUUAGAGCAGUCUCGGUUCUUGAAUUGGGUGAGUCAGGUGAUGAGGCUGUUUUGCAGAUAAGCAUGAAAAAGGUAAAAGAAGAUGAGUUCUCGAACUUGCUUCAUGUAAUGGAGAUGCAAGGUUGGAGUAUUUUAAGUUCUUUUACAUCUCUAGUGUGCCGAGAUCAAAGGGUGGUUUGCUACAACUUCCAUGUUAAGAUGGAUGAAAAGCCAUGUGAAGGUGAUGAUGACUACAUCACAAUGUUGAAGAACAACAUAAUUUCUUCCCUCUCUUGACAACACAAAAUGCAAAUGAAAUUAAGUGAGAUGAAGAAUAUGUUAUAGAUUUGAUGACGCAUAUUGCAAUUGACAUUCCUCAUGGUUAUAUCAUGUUUAUUCUGGUAUUUGAAACCUCACAAUCAUAUUUUGUAGAAGUUAUUUUUUUUGUUAUAUCCAUAUUCAC